AUGCAUUUCGCGACUUUGUUAAUAGGGGUCCUGGCGACUCUGGUGUCGACCGUCACGGCGACCGCCCUGACCUAUCGACUCGAGGCGAACGAGAAGGCAUGCUUCUAUAACUACGUCGAUCAGCGGAACGCCAAGGUGGCGUUCUAUUUUGCUGUGCAAUCGGGUGGUUCGUUCGACGUUGAUUACUCGGUUGUCGGUCCCGGGGACAAGGUGGUGCUUGACGGAACGAAGGAGCGACAGGGCGACUUUGUGUUCACGGCGCAGAGCAUUGGCGAGUACCGGUUCUGCUUCAACAAUGAGAUGUCUACGUUUGCGGAGAAGAUGGUCGACUUUGAGAUUGCGGUUGAGAACGAGGAACGCGCGCAAUUGCCUUCCCGGCAAGGCGCCAGCCCCGAGCAGGCAGGCGCACUCGAGGAAUCCAUCUACAAGCUGUCGGCGCAGUUGUCGACCAUUGCCCGCAACCAGAAGUACUUCCGGACACGGGAGAACCGCAACUUCAGCACCGUCCGCAGCACCGAGCGGCGGAUCUUCAACUUCAGCGUGAUCGAGGGCCUGAUGAUGGUGUCGAUGGCGGGCUUGCAGGUGUUUGUUGUCCGGUUCUUCUUCCAGGGAGCGCGCAAAGGUAUGUCAUUUUGUCCUUUCUACAGAAGAGAUGCAACCUGA